AUGAAGUUCUCUCUGGUUGCCCUCGCUCUGCCUGCGACUGUCAUGGGCCUUGCCCUGCCCAUUGGCUUCUACAACCGCGACGAAUUCCUGGCUAAGCGCGAUGCCGCCGCCUCGUUCGAGCCCACCGGCGAGGAGUACCUCCUCAAGACCCAGCUCGUCAGCAACAACGACACCUCCAAGGCCAAGUUCAACAACCUCUACCUGACUGCCUUCCACACCGGCGCCGGCACCAACGACGCCGUCUUCACUACCUCCAAGGACAGCGCUGCCACCGGCUUCCUCAAUGAGACCGCCGACGGCUCGUUCCAGGAAUUCGACUUCGGCACUGAGUUCCCCUGGAGUCUGGAGAUCGGCUACGAGCCCUACACUGCUUGGGCUCCCGUCACCAUCAACGCCGGUCUUGCCGAUGCCGGCAACGGCUUCUUCACCUUCACCCCGUCCGGUCUGGUCUGGAACGUGACCCAGUUCGACGGCUGGCUUGUCUGCGACUGGUGGCACACCGUCCCCCAGCUCUUCUGGAAGACCGACGUGGCCUACUCCAACAGCUCGCUGCCGACCAGCUGCGCCGAGGUCUACCUCGUCAAGGAGUCGUUGUAA